AUUUCGUCAAUUUACAUAUCGGGUCAAUUAACGGAGAUGACGCAUCCGGUGACCUUAUCCCUUCGCCGGUGAGAAAAAAAAAAAAAUCUCAGAUCUUCCCAAACAACUUCAGAUCUGAAAAAUACAUGGAGGAAGAAGACGAGACUCGGUCGCCAAAAUCUCCUGGAGAUUCCUUGUCACCAGCACCUUCCUCUCCUCCUCCGAUUUUACCUACCAGCGACGUCACGGUGGCCUCUGCGACGAAACCGCCUCAAUCUCCCUCGAGAAACGCGUUAGCUUUAGUGGUUCACACUCCUUCCGUUGUCGGAGGUAGCAGAAACGGACGAAGCGGAGGAGGGAGAGACGAUUGUUGGAGCGAAGAAGCGACGAAGGUUCUAAUCGAGGCGUGGGGGGAACGAUUCUCGGAGCCAGGGAAGGGGACGUUGAAGCAGCAACAGUGGAAGGAAGUAGCUGAGGUGGUGAACGAGAGCCGUCAAUGCAAGUAUCUCAAGACCGAUGUUCAGUGUAAGAACAGGAUCGAUACGGUGAAGAAGAAGUAUAAGCAAGAGAAGGCCAAGGUCGCUUCUGGUGAUGGGCCUAGCAAAUGGGUUUUCUUCAAAAAGCUCGAGGCUUUGAUCGGUGCUGGUGGCGGCAAGGCUCCAAUGGGACGACGUCAGGGUAAUAAAGGAACGGUUUUGAAGAGAGGCUCUGAUUCAAUGAAGUGGCAUUUUAGGAAACGGAGUGCUUCCGAGACUGAGUCUGAGUCUGAUCCUGAGCCUGAGGCUUCUCCUCCUGACUCAGCUGAGAGUCUCCCACCACCACCACCGUCGCAACUGGUGUCGAAGCGGUUGAAGAUGGAUGAGUUAGGAGGGAGUGGAGUUGGAGAUGUGGCGAAGGCGAUUCUUGGAUUCACCGAGGCGUACGAGAAGGCGGAGACUGCUAAGCUGAAGCUGAUGUUGGAGUUGGAGAAGGAGAGGAUGAAGUUCGUUAAAGAGAUGGAGUUGCAGAGAAUGCAGUUCUUGAAAACUCAGAUGGAGAUAACUCAGAACCAUCGAGAGGAGGAGAGGAGCAAGCCAAGGAUCAAUGAUGAUGAUGAUGAUCGUAAUGUCAAGAAUAAUGGCGAUGUAAGUAGCUGACAAUUGAACACACAAAAUGUUUUAUUGUAAUACUGCAAUGAUUAAAAACGUCUCUAGAUUGCUGGGUUAGGAUUUGAUGUUGCUGUUGUGCUUUAUGGGAUGUGUAAAUGUAGAACUCUGAUCAUCAUCAUGCUGUUGCUGUUGUUGUUGUUGUUGUUGUUAUGUUAUCUUGUCUGAAACAAUUGGCAAAUAAAAAAACAAAACUUUGAACUUGA